AUGGCCGGAAUCCAAAGUGGCGCCGCCUCUCCCGACCUCCUCACCGAGGCUUGCUUCGCCGUUCGUCGCCGUAAGGGCACUUCCACCGGACACCGCCGCGCCGCCGCCGCCGCCGCCGCCGGCUUUUCCUCACCGCCUAUACUACCUCGCUCAGUCACCACUCCACCAGAACCCCUAGCCAUGAAUGGUUUGAGAUUCCUUCUCCAGAAGGAACUCAGGAACAGUGAUGUCGGCUCGCUGGGAAGAGUUGUUCUUCCUAAGAAAGAGACAGAAGCCAAUCUUCCAAUCCUCACUGUAAGAGAAGGCAUCUCAUUGCCAAUGAUCGAUUUGGACACAGCUCGAGUUUGGAAUUUUAAGUUCAGGUUUUGGCCUAACAACAAGAGCAGAAUGUACAUAUUGGAGAAUACUGGUGAGUUUGUAAGGAGCCAUGGACUUAUAUCAGGAGAUUUCAUCAUGCUUUACAAGGAUAAUGAGAAAGAUAGAUAUGUCAUUCGAGCUAAGAAGGCUGGAAUGCAAGAGCCAGUUCUUGCUUCACUUCCUGGAAUAGAAGAUGGAAUCUUUGAUUCCAUUGUUACUGAUAUAGUGGUGGCUAGAGCAAGAUAUUCUGAUCUGUAUUUACCGUUAGGAGAUGGAAUGAAUAUGGCAUUUGGUCUCAAUUGUGCCUUCUCUGCGGACUUGUUAAUGACUGUUCCUGAUGAGAAACUGGAAAAUUACUCAGCUGAAUCUACACCUAAGUUGGGAUCCAUGGAGAACUUAACCUUGGAUGAUCUUUACUAA